CACAAGGACGCUGGGUGGCUGGCGGCGCCGCGCUCCCCGGACCUGUGAUCGCCUCGCCAUGGCCUUCUUAUCGCCACUCUAGCAGGAAAAUAUUCAGCCUCUUCUUAAAAGCUUCAGUGCUGCACCCAGUCAAGUCUGUUUUGUCUAGGGAGGCAGUUGCACUGUCUGGACUCAACAUUGUAGAAGCUUUCUGCCUGGACAGUUUUAGUCCUCUGGGAGACACCACUUGUCCUGUAGGAUUAUCUGCCACAGCUAGACUUGGUCUGACAUUGGAUGGAAACUUCUCCCUGGGGUGCUGCGUUUGGCAUUCCACUCUCCAGCAUCGUGUAGGAGCUGGCCCAUUCCUUACAGCUUGGCACCACAUCUACACUAACAAUGGCCACCGACCAGGACUCCCUCAUGGCUCUGGAGGGCCUCAUGACUGAGUUCUUUGGUCUGGGAACAAGCAACAGCCGGAAGCGGGACAUUGAGACCAUCUUGGGGAAUUUUGGGCAGCAGCGAGGAGCCUGGAAGCAGUGCCUGUACUACCUUGCCCACACACACAACUCCUAUGUCUCCAUGUACUGCCUUACCACCCUCGAGAACAUCAUCAAUAAGCAAUGGGUUGGACUCAUGCCAGAAGAGAGGACAGAGAUCCGCUCGACCUUGUACAGGUUCGUGCUGGAGAAUCACAAGGUGGCGCCAUACUACAUCCGCAACAAGUUGGUCAAAUUGGUGGUGGACAUUGCCCGCCUCUCUUGGCCACACUUCUACCCUGAUUUCUUCACUAAUAUUUUGUCUCUCUCCCGAAGUCCAGACACAGUGGUGCUGUGCAUCGUGUUCUUGCAGACCAUAAGUGAGGAGCUGGCGUGUCCCCGAGAGGAGCUGUCAUACUCCCGCAGGACAGAGCUGAGGCGCCUCUUGUCUCAGCAAGUCCCCACCAUGCUCACACUCCUCUCUGGUUUGCUUGAGGGUGUGGUGGAGAAACACAAGAAUGCAGUGACAGCCACUCCUCCACCCUCACCCACACACUCUCACAGCCACUCACCAAGUCGCUCAGGCCUCUCCUCCUCUCCCAUACAGACAGGAAGUCUGCUGAGCAACAUGUUUCACUCCCUGGAGAGUGGCCCCACCCAGCGCAUGGGUUGGGUGUUGCCUCCCUUGGACCCAGAGAGUGAGACCAUAGCCUCACUGGCCCUUAAUUGCCUCACUCACCUCUUCUCUUGGAUACCACUCUCUUCCCUCAUCACCCCCCAUCUCCUCAACACCAUAUUCCUCUUUGCCUCGUUGGGAGCAGACCCCCAGCACAGCCGCCACCAUAACGGUCUGCUUGAGAAGAACUGUACAUCAGGGGAGUCCCUUGGCGUGCUGGCCAUGGGUGCCAUAAAUGAGAUCAUGAGCAAGAACUGUGUCCCCCAUGACUUUGAGGACUUCCUGCUGCAGAUGUUCCGCAACACCUUCCAGCUCCUUCAGCGGCUGGUGCGGGAGGAGCCCAACACCACCUCCCGGCUCCAGCUCCUUGAUCCCAGCUACAUUGACAAGUUCUCUGAGUUCCUGAGGCUAUUUGUCAGUGUUCACCUUCGUAGAUUUGAGAACAACUCUCAGUUCCCAGUGCUUGAGUUCCUGGCACUGCUGUUCCGCUACACCUUCCACCAGCACUGUGUUGAGGCAUACUUCAACUGCCUCGACGUGUGGAGCAUCUUCCUGGACCACCUGUCAGCCAAGGCUCAGGGGUCACAGGAACACUCAGGGAUCACCAGAUAUGAGGAUGCCUUGAUAUCACUGGCAAGAGGAAUCCUGCACAAAAUACAGCUGCGGCACAACCAGGCAGAGUUGGAAGAGCUUGACCAUGAGAUCCGAGAAGAGAUCCUGGAGAACAACAAUGCCUACUAUGGGGAGCUGGGUGAUGGGGAGGAUGUGUCGGAGUGGCACUCUUUCUUCACCAGGAACCUUGAGCUGGUGGCCAAGAUUGCUGAGCUACUCCCUGACCAGAUCUUCAGCCUUGUGUAUGAGCCUUGGAAUGAUGCCACAAAGAUCUACCUCAGCCUGCAGUCCAACAUGGUGGAGCAGGACGGGCGGCGGAGACUCAACAUAUCGGCAGAGCAUGAGUGUCCCCGCCUCCACUGCCUCCUCCGUGACCUGUCCUCCCUCCUGCAGGCCAUUGGCAGGCUCUCCACACUCUUCCUGGGGGAGGAGCUGCCCAAGAGGUCGACCACAGCUGUCCAGGUCAUUGAUAAAUUGGUUCAGUUGGCCAACUACAGCACAGGACUGAAGCUGUUUGAGGUCCAGACUGCUGUGGAAGUACUUCACUCAGAUUUUGUGGAAGUCCAUGCCCAGGUGCUGUCAUCCCUGAGGGCAUGGGUACACUGGCUUUCUCAGCUGUAUGGUCAGCAGUUCGUGCAGGUGUUCCCUGGAGGCACCCAGACCCACCAGCACCAAGACACCUGCCACACCAUCAACAAACAGAUGUUGGUUGCUGCCACCAGUAUUCUGAAUGUUGGAGCUCCUCCCCUCAUCGUGAAUUGUGGGGUACAGCUGCUGCUCUCUCUGUCCGUUAUGGUGCGUUCACCUGUUGCCCUUGAGAUGAACCAGGUUCAGUCCCUCUACGUCCAGGCCCCUUCAAUAUCCUCUGAUCUCAAGGUGCGAGGGCUUAUUCUGAGGGCAUUAGUCAACUUCCUGCUACUGCCAUGGCCGAGCUUCGUGGUGGAUCACAAGCUGGACACACGCAAGCACCACCUCACCACCUUCAUCAACUCCUUCACCUCAGACAUUCGUAAACUGGACAUACAGCGGCUGGCCGAGGACAAGAGCAUGGAGGAAUCUCUGGCACCCAAGCUGUGCGACACCCUAUCCAUCAUCCGUUAUCAGGUGGGUGAGCUGAACAACACAGACAAGGCCAGCAGGGAGCUCUACUACCACUGUGUUCAAGAUGUCAUCCACCAAGCCAUCCUCCUCUUCCCCAUCUAUGUUCAGCACACCAGCGUAUGUGAGGAGAUCCUGGCGCUGAUGGUGGUGGUGAUGCAGGUGUUGCGGGUGCAGCUUGGGCCCGUGCGUGUGGAGGCCACCAUCCAGACCUUCCUUGAUGUGUUCACCACCCGCCACCACCUCCAGCUGGCCAUCACGGCGGACAACCCAGCUGCUGUCAGAGUGGUCGACAAGUUCCUGAAGCUGCUUGAGCUGAUAGUGAGUGAGCCAGGCCAGUCAUUUAAACGGUUCAUCCCCAACACCAUCACCCUGUGCAUGGACCACAUCUACCCAGUUGUCUCUGACCACACAUCACCGGAGGUCAAGGGUCCUCUUUUUGAGCUGCUGCGCUGCCUCCUUGAGCACAACUGGAAGUAUUUCUUCAAGCGUCUCUCCCAAUCCUGGAAGACCUCCUCCCAGUCCUUCUGCAGUCCCUUCAGACCAUCAGUGCACAUCUCCUUUGGUGCAGGCAACUGGGAUUCCAUAGAAAAUGAGGCUCAGUUUAUCCAGAUCAUGCAGGCCUUUGGUCAGUCCUUCAUGCAGCCAGACAUCACCAUCUUCAAGCACAACUUAGAAGCCAUGGAAUCACUCAAUUCAAAAUACAAACUCUAUCACAAGGGUGUGUUCCGCAACUCCCUGUUGGUGCACUUCAUCACAGUGUUCCUGCAAGUGUUGGUGCACCGCUCCCAAGACCUGCUGCAGGAGGAGAUCACCAUCACUGUGUACAACAUGGCGGCAGUGGACUUCAGCACCUUCUUUGGAGCCUUUGUGCCACACUUCCUGCAGAACAUGGAUGGCCUUGACACUGACCAGAGGACAACUCUCAAGGCUAACUUUAAAACUGAUACUGACCUCCCCACCUUCACCCAGAAUGUCCAGCGGUUCAUCAACGACCUCCGUUACUACCGCACAUGCAAUGCCAGCCUUCCUCCGGGCACCGUUAAGUUAUAGUGUCUCUCCUGAUGCCGUGGCCAAUAUUCCAUUAUAACGAAGAGCCUCCACAGGGGCAUUUAUCAAUUCUUGGGGCACUUCAGUGUUUGUAUGCAUGUAUGUGUAUGUAUAUGUAUCUAAGAAGUGAAAGUUCAUUAGUAAGCAACAGUUACUAUUAGAAGCAGUAUGAAUGUUUGCAGAUGAAGAUAUUUUCCUUUAGAGUAUUGACUGUCCUAAGGGGUUAUGCUGGAAACAGUAUUUAUGUGUGGGAUAUUUGGGACUCCAGGUGCAAGCUGUGAUGUUUGUUCAUUCCCACAUUUUUUGGCUUAAAAUCUGACAGAAAAUGAUACAUCCAAGCCUGGCAUGAAGAAACUAUUUCCCAUGAAACCUUUCAUCCCCGAAUCCAGUGAUACAAAUACUUUGCCUCCUGCUGAAGAAUGUUGAAGUUUUUGUUGAGUUACCAGCUUCUAGUUCCUUUGUUGUCUCAUCAUACUUCUUCAUUAACCUUUAACUGCCCUGUUGAGCCCCAAGAAUAGGUUGGCUGGAAAACCACUGUUCCCUCACAGUAGGUACAGUGACUGUGAUCGACGACCAUUGUGAUAUGUACUUGCUUAAGCUUAGUGGACCAAUGUACAGUCAUGGUGUGUGUAUGUAUAUCUGGUGUGUGUCUCUGGAGUCCAGAGUUUAGUGUCUGCCAAAACCAUUGAAUACGGGUCAAAAGCAACCAUUCACUCCAUGCACUAAACUGUGAAAGAAGUGUUGAGUUCAAGGUGUCCAAGUUCUGUGUUUUGUUCUAAAAGAUACAUUCUACCCACCACUAUCAUUCCAUUUAGACUUUACUUUCACUGAUGUUGGUUUUGAUAGUAUACUGGCAGAUUUAUGAACUCACUCUAAGUGCCAUGAUAAUGUUGAUUAGAAACAGGCUGGGAUGCUUGUUGCUGCAGAGCAGUGAUUGCUUAGGACUAAUGGAGACUUGAGGUGUGGGACACAAAAUAGGACUGAGUGAAGAGUAGGAUUAAUAAGGAUACAUGUAUGCAUUAGGAUUAUUGUCCUUAUGCUGUCUCAGUGUGUGUGUGCAUGUGUGUGUGUGUGUGUGUGUGUGUGUAUGAUAGUAAUGCUGCAUGUGUGUGCAUAUGAGUGUGUGCGUGUGUGUGUGCACACAUAUGCACACAUACAUGCACACAUUUCCAUUGGGCAUUCCUUAUGAUCCCAACUCAGUCUUAUUCCUCUCUUUGUAAUUUGAUUUAAUGCAUUUGCAAUGUACAUUCCAGAGUAUGAUAUGUAGACAUUCCUCUGCCACCCUCCUCUCCCUCCAUUACACCCACGUGCCAAUGCCCGUACCUACACAUACAAUACAGUCUUCAAAACAGCAUUAUAAGUAUGCCAUGGUGCCAGGAGGGGGGAGAGGCCUGCAAUUUGUGGCUCAUUGUUAUGAACCAUUAAUGGAACGUAUCUUUCAAGAAUGUGUAUGUGUUGGUCUAAUUUCCAGUGUCCACACACUAUUCUUAGGUAUUUCUUUAGACUGUGUCUGUGAUGAUAGUCAGACAACUGUCACCAUUCCUGUAUGGCCAACAAGAUGUGUGGUUUAGCUUUCUGGCUCAUAUUUAGUAUGGUAGGAUGUUCCUUGCUUUGUUAUUCUUACUGAAAAUGUGUUAUGAAUUUGUAAAAUGAGCUCUAUGACAAAUGUUCUUGGUCAAGCAAGUAUGCUCCUAAGUUAUUUUUUCUACAAAUUUAUUUUCUUAUCUGGAUAUCGUAUCCAUACCUUUUUAUACCUGUUCAAUUAUUUUGUUACAUUACUGUAUAAGAUAAUCCACACGUGAAGCAUUAUAUCUAAAGGUAUUUUAUCAUGGAAAUUAUAUAUGGACUGACCCAUCAGCCAGAGCUCCAAGCUAUGUAGGAGAAACAGGUCAACAACACACCCGAUUCCUGAUUUUCCACUGAGAAAAUGAAAAUAACUAUAUCAUUGCAGGCUAAAAUGGAGGAAGGCUUAUCUAAAAACUUGGUACAUUUUUUUCAAAUUAUAUUAGAAAAUUUAAUGAUAGUCUUCAGCAAGUCAAAAAUUCCCAUAACAGAUGUCACAGCUGAGUCUAGCCCAGUUUGCCAGUAUACUUGGUAAAUACAAAUAUACACUUGCCAGUGUAUUUGUGUACUGGAGUGGACUGGCUGCAUGCAUGUUUUUCUUAAUGCUCUUUGUUAUUGUGGUCAUGCUGAGGCAAACAUUGCUCAUCCAGCAUCAAUCUUACCAUACUUUAUACAUAAUGAAAAGUUUUGGGCCUUUGCAGUCUACAGCCAGGCAUAGCAAAACAAUAUGGUCAGCCACUGUUCACACUAUUUGGUAGAAGUCCUGAAAUUUUCAUUUGGAGCUCAGUAAAUAAUUGUGUUGAAGUGAUUGCUGGUUACAAAAGUUACCUAAUAUUAUACCAGCAGUGAAUAAAUGUUGAUGCAAAUUGCACUGUCCUCACACUUAUGUCCAGUGCGACAAAAACAAUACUGUUGCUCUGGACACUAUCUGGCAGAGAUCUCAUUAAUUACAAUUGUCAUUCAAAAAAAUUAUGGUAUUGUAAAAAUAUAACAACAUAGAAUCUUGUUAAAAAAAUCCUGAAUCCUGGAAAAGAGGACCUCCUGUAUUUGCUUUUGUAAAGGUGUGUUUUUAUCAAGUGGUUCAGGAAAUUGAAUUACUACAGUUGAUUGUUUCUCCACAGUCAACACCAGAGUAUUUGUGAGGACUGUUCACAUCAGUAAUGAGCCUUGGGUCAGGUAGUGAGUGUUCAUUGUACCUAUAUACCACCACUACACUGAUGAUAUUUGAAAGUCAAAUAUGUAUGAAUACCAUAAAAGUCAAAUAUGUAUGAAUACCAUACAUUCCCAGUAUGUAGUAUGAAAGAUGAAGGUUGGUAAUAGCAUUGUUCAGAAACCAUGGCAGGUAUAUGGUUUCUGUGCAUGCUAAUAUUAGUGAAAGAGGAUCUCUGUUGGUUGGAGGUUAUAAGUGAUGUAUGUAAUUGUACCUUGCAGACCUUUAGCUACAAUUUACAACAGAGUACUUUGUAAAACUGAUCAGUAAGUUUGAUUUUUUUUUCAAUUAUUUAGCUUGCUGCAAAUUCCCUUCAAUUUUGUAGGGCCACAAUUUUCAAUGGCAAUAUUCUAUGAAAUGCAGAAAAUUCUGUUGCUGCCAAAUGUUUCUGGUUCAGCUGCAACUCAUUUUCCACAUAUCAGCAGGUAUUACAGCUUAGGUAUCCUCUUCACAUGCAUUACUCUCAGUUAAGUUUAAGCAUUUUGUUCAAUGCAUUCAAAGCAGUCACUUUGCCAGUCAAUAUUAUGUAGCUUUUACUGUAAAUUUUGUACAGAUGUCUGUAAAGAUUGUCACUUUUA